AUGGCGGAGUUCCACGCCCUGGGGGAGAUAGCCGGCGCCUCGGGCUUCGAGGACAAGAGCGUCUUCUGCAAGUGGGGGGUGUCUGCUGGUGAGUGCUGGGAUCUGUUGGAAGGGAUCGACAAGGGUCAGACACAAGUGGACCAUCCUGAAGAGGGCGAGCCUGCAGUCUGGUCUCACCCCCUCGACCUCCAUUACUCCGUGAAGGGCCUUGUGGGGUGGCCCAAGCUGCAUUUUCAAGUCUGGAGCGAAGACACGCAUGGACGCUUUGACUUAUGCGGAUAUGGGUUCUGUCACAUCCCCACAGCACCAGGCAUGUAUGAACUGGACUGCCCAACUUGGGUCCCAGAGGGGUCUGCAAGAGAAGAGCUGCUCAGCUGCUUCCUCGGUCGGGGCCCAAGGUUGAAGGCAGAAGAGGUGGUGUACACACCAGGGGAUAGAUUUCGUCUGCAAACCAAAGCGGCGGGAGUGGUGCUUGUCAAGCUUGGCGUGGUGAUGAAGGACUUUGAUUUAUACUCUGUUCGCUGCUGA